GGUUUUUAUUUUUUGCACCAAAUAAGAAACAGUCGUUGCUCGUCUUCUUCAGUCUCUCCAUACCCUCUCGGGCUCCCCUGUCGCACUGCAGAAGAGUCUGAUUCUAAAUCCGAAUUGAAGUUCCGAUUUGGGCGUAGAAUUUACUAUUGGUUUAUUUGAGCUCGCGAUAGAUCUGCCGCCAAGAUGUUUCGCUCUUUCUCAAGUCGUCGCUUCUCUCUCGUGUUCCUCAUCAUUCUGUUACUUGGUGAUGGUUCAUAUGGUUCUUCAGUUGGAAGUCGGAAAUCCGGGAGUUCUGUGUUUUCUUUGUUUAACCUCAAAGACAAGAGUAGAUUCUGGAGUGAAUCUGUUAUCCGUACUGAUCUGAAUGAUUUGGAAUCUUCUGGGCCAGAUAAAAUGGACAUUCUCAAUUAUACCAAGGCAGGUAGUAUUGCAAAUUAUUUGAAGCUUUUGGAAAUUGACUCCAUAUACCUUCCAAUCCCUGUGAAUUUCAUUUUCAUAGGAUUUGAAGGAAAGGGUAACCUAGAGUUCAAGCUACAACCUGAGGAAAUGGAGCGUUGGUUCACAAAAAUUGAUCACAUAUUUGAUCAUACAAGGAUUCCACAGAUAGGAGAAGUCCUUACACCAUUUUACAAGAUUAGUAUUGAUAAAGAACAACGACAUCAUCUUCCCUUAAUCAGCCAUUUAAGUUACAAUUUCUCAGUUCAUGCCAUCCAGAUGGGAGAAAAAGUCACAUCCAUCUUUGAACGUGCCAUUGAUGUCUUUGGGCGUAAAGAUGAUGUGUUAAAUACCAGGGACGAUGGAGACAAUCUUUGGCAAGUAGAUGUGGACAUGAUGGAAGUUGUUUUUAAUAGCCUUGUGGAGUAUCUCCAAUUAGAAGAUGCCUACAACAUUUUCAUUUUGAACCCCAAGCGCGCUGAAAAGAGAGUUAAAUAUGGCUACCGGUUUGUAUUUGGAAUAGUUGGUCCAUUGAUUUUUCUCUUCCAAUUUACUUUCCUUAGGCCAAAAGAUUUCCUCCUUUAUGUUGGCUAAAAAUAUCAUUCUCAGAAUGUAUUCAGAGUCCAGUCACACUGAGGUGACUUAAUCUUAUUAUUCAUAUAUAAGUAUAUAACUAGCCAAA